AUGUCUGCUGAUGACUUCUACUCCGAUGGGCGCAAAUUUGAAAUAUGUGAGGGUGGGACCUGCGGGACCCACAUAAGUGGUUUCACUACAGGCAAAGAGUAUACUUCUAUACUCUUUGCUACAGCACUCGUCAUUUUACAGUGCCUGAAAGACAAACACAUCUACAUGAUGGGAGACUCGACCAUGAGACAGUGGUUUGAGUUCUUGCUGAAAGCAGUACCAACUUUAAAGCGGAUGAACCUGCAUGUUGAAUAUCACGGAGGUCCUCUUAUAGCAGUGGAUGUGGAGAACAACAUUGACUUCAGGGGCGUCAGUUUGUUUUUACACUGGAGGGCUCACGGUCUUCCUCUGCGCUGUCUGAAAACUGAAGUUUCUAAUCUGCACUACGUCAGUAAUGAGAUUGAUGAUCUGACUGGAGGACCUCACACUGUUAUUGUCUUUAAUCUGGGACCACACUUCACAACAUAUCCUCUGGAUUUCUUCACCCACAGAGUGUUGAGGAUCCGCAAAGCUGUGCUAGAUUUGUUACAGCGGGCACCAGACACUACCGUUAUAAUCAAAACCGUAAACACCGGCUAUAAGGUGUAUUUCUUUCUUUCAAGGAUGUGUUUGGCAGUGACUGUUACAGUACUCUUUGCAGUUGGACAGAAUCCUACGGUGGGCUUUCAGGAUGUUGGUGUUUAUAUUUUGGAUGUUUGGCAAAUGACAGCCUGUCGUUACAACAAAGAGAACUUUCAUCCAGGUCCCGUCAUCAUCAAAAAUGAAAUGGACAUAUUUUUGUCUUUUAUUUGCCCUGAAUGA